UAUUCAUCAAACCGAAACAAAAAUAAAAAUUUUAUUACAUAUUAUUUUAAUUAAAAAAAGAAGAAAAUAGAUUCAGAUUAAAUAUACAUUCACAAAGUGAAUGAAUGACAGACACUGAAUUCAUUUAAAAAAGAAAGAAAGAAAGAAAGGAAGAAAAAUAGUCAAGUACCUUUUUGUUCAUCUUCUUCGAUCCGAAGAAAAAGUGUGUAAAAUAUAAAUGGCAAGAAAAGCUGUGUUGAUCGGGAUCAACUACUCAGGAACAAAAGCAGAGUUAAGAGGAUGUGUAAACGACGUGUGGAGGAUGCACAAAUGUUUGAUCGAUCGUUACGGUUUUUCCGAAGACGACAUCACCGUUUUGAUCGACACCGAUGAAUCGUACACAGAGCCGACAGGGAAGAACAUACGGCGGGUGUUGGGGGAGCUGGUCCGAUCGGCGGAGGAAGGAGAUGUGUUGUUUGUUCAUUACAGUGGACAUGGUACACGUCUUCCUGCUGAAACUGGAGAGGACGAUGAUACUGGUUUUGAUGAAUGCAUCGUUCCUUCUGAUAUGAACCUCAUCACUGAUGAUGAUUUCAAGGAAUUUGUGGAUGGGGUUCCUAAAGGAUGUAGGCUGACAAUUGUAUCAGAUUCUUGCCAUAGUGGUGGCUUGAUUGAAGAAGCUAAGGAGCAGAUAGGAGAGAGCACGAAGGGAGAAGAGCAAGAGUCUGGAUCUGGCUUUGGAUUAUCAAACUUUCUGCACAGGAAAGUGGAGGAUGCAAUUGAGUCUAGGGGAUUUCAUCUCCCGUCAGGAUUGCGCCAUCACGGUCGUAAGGAUGAUGAAGAAGCCGAAGAUAGGGAAAUUCAACUCCCACAUGGGAACUAUGGCUAUGUAAAGAAUAGAUCUCUGCCACUAUCAACUCUCAUUGAUAUACUUAAGCAAAAAACUGGGAAAGAAGAUAUAGAUGUUGGUCAACUGAGACCUACACUUUUCGAUGUUUUUGGGGAAGAUGCUAGUCCUAAAGUGAAGAAGUUUAUGAAGGUUGUAUUGAACAAACUCCAACAUGGAGGUGGAGGUGAACAGGGUGGGAUACUGGGAAUGGUGGGUAGUCUUGCUCAAGAGUUUCUCAAACAAAAGCUGGAUGAGAAUGAUGAGGGAUAUGCAAAACCUGCCAUGGAGACAAAGGUGGGAAGUAAGCAUGAAGUAUAUGCCGGAUCAUCGAAGCGAGGUCUUCCAAGUGGUGGGAUUCUGAUGAGCGGCUGUCAGACAGACCAGACAUCGGCUGAUGCUUGUCCUAAAGGAAAUGCAGCUGCUGCUUAUGGAGCUUUCAGCAAUGCAAUUCAGGCUAUAAUUGAGGAGACUGAUGGUGCAAUUACAAAUUCAGAGCUUGUUCACAAGGCUAGACAGAAGCUACAAAAGGAUGGUUUCACUCAAAAGCCUGGACUCUAUUGCAGUGAUCAUCAUGUUGAUGAUCCUUUCGUUUGUUGAUAUGUUCUCAUCUGAAGCAAAGAGAGCAAUGUGUGUUCCCAUACUGCAAAGUUUACAUUGAAUUCUUUUUUUUUCUUUUUUUUUUUCAAAAAAACUUGGCAUUGGAGAUGCAGUUGAACAAUUGCGAUAGGUGUGUUUAUGCAUGGUAUAGUUGUGUGCUUGUGUUUCGACAAUCAAUGUUUGCUCUAAAGGAAUAUUUAUUUAUGUUAUCCAAAAACAAGGAAUAUUUACUUCUGAUGAAAUAUAUGUAAUACACUGGUUCAAAUUCGGAAUGGACUGACUAUGUGAUCCAGCCUAA